AUGCUUCGUCUCGAAUACACGUUGCACAAGGAAACAAGAGAUUUGAUGCGUUGGCCCGUCAGUUAUAUGCCAAUCCACCUGAGCAACAUCAAGAUGAAUCAGUUUCUAAACCAAGAUUUGAUAGAGACUGUCAAAAGUCUCUAUUGGCUGUUUGGGACGGAAAAAGGGGCCACUUCUUUCGUCAAGGCCAAUUUGCUCGACUCUAUCUUUGACCGUAUCUUAGACUUUGACUUUCCACGAAAAUUGGAAUAUUUCCGCGAGAUAACACAGCGAGGACUCGAGCUGGAGGUCAACGACACUGCUUAA